AUGUCAGCGCGAAGUCAUCAAAUGGCACCACCGCCACCACCCCCCACCAAACAAACCGGCGCCACAUGAAACCAUGCAGCCAAUGGUAAUGGCACAUUCGCGCAUGGCAACGGAAAUGGUAAUGGCAGCGCUGGUGGCAGUCGCAACGGUAGCAUAUCCUCGUUGACAGACAAUCAGGGCAGCUUGCAGCGCCACAGUCAGAACGUCAAUGGACGUAGUACGUGUCACACGCCACCACGCACAGAUCGAGAGCAGGUCGUAAUGACACCAAAAGGUAAAACCGUUAACAGCACCGUUAUACUGAUCGAACGCAAGCUCGUCGAUGAGAUAAACGAACGCGUUCAUGUCGCUGGCGGCGAUCAUACAGGAAUUAUAAUAAAUAAGGACACCGUAAGUGGACAGAAGAGCGAAAUGGUGCCGGCACAAUUAUCGCUGGAGUUUCGUGUAUUCCUGGUAAGCGCCAAUACCGGUAAACAUUCGCAGGAAUCACGUACGCUGCGUUUCUGGUUCCGUCAGUGGUUGCGCAGUGACGAGAAGCAGGCACAGAUCGCGCAGGACUUCUUCAAAGAGUUGGUCAGUCCGAAAGAUUUUCCCAGAGAUUAUGUGGGCUUCAUUAAAAAGAUUAUGAAAUUACUGCAACGUGGUUACGAUGAGAUACAGUCGUUAGAAAUCGAAUUGCGCAUUUUGGAGGAAACUGCAGAGCCGCCAUCACGACCACUCUCACUGGAAGAAUCACAGUUUGAGUCUCCGCCAUUGACGCCGGAAAAGGUGCUCGAACUAAUUGAACAAGCCUAUCCGAAUCCCAUUACACCGGAAGAUUUGGCUAAAGACUAUGGCUGGGAGGAACAAGAUGUGCUUUUGGUAUUCAUAUCGCUGAAGGAACGCGGUCUUAUUAAAUCUAUGGAAUAUAAUUCAUACACGAGAAUACAUCAUGAAGACAAGGAGAUUAAGGUCGUUAAACAAAUGCCAACCAUUGCUUCGAAUAAACAACCCACAAUCGCCAUUAUAACGGCGCAAUAUUGUGAGAAACUAGCGGUGGAUGCCAUGUUGGAGAAUAAGGAAACGUUUGUACGCUAUACAACAGUCGAUACCGAUCCCAAUUUAACAAACACACUCAGAAAAUCUAAAAAGAAAAGAAGAUUUGGCGAAUCGAACGUCUACACUUUGGGCAACAUUGGCGCUCAUCGCAUCGUCAGCACGAAAUUACCUUCGGUGGGUAGUACACGCGAAUCUAUGACCGCCACAGGCAAUACAACGACACGUCUACUGGGCACAUUCCAAAAGGUCGACUAUGUCUUCGUGGUGGGCGUGGCCGGUGGUGUGCCACAUUAUACCGAUUAUAAAAAGCAUGUGCGUUUAGGAGAUGUUGUCAUUUCAUAUGUGGAUAAACAGCGGGCGCUAUUGAGCAAAAAUGAGAAACCCUACGUGUACAUCUACAAGAGCGGCGAAGAUGUGAAGACUUAUUUCCCCAUCAAUGACUCACUCCAGCAAAUAGCCGAAGGCCUACAAGCCAACAUGGAGGUAAAGCGCCCAUGGGAUACCUACCUGCGUGAAGGCUUAGCAUCGUUGAUGCAAAAGACGGAAAGUGACUUCAGUCGCCCGUCCGUCAAUACCGAUAAACUCUUCAUGAAUAUCGGCAACAAUGAGGUCAUCGAAGUGGCACAUCCCAUUGCUACGGACACAGUGGACGGCGUACCACGUUCCCGCCUGCAUCUCGGCCCCAUUGGCUCUGGUCGCGAUCUGGUGCGUAGCGACAACUCCCGCAUGGAUUUCGCAAAGAAAUAUGGCUUGCUUGCCACCGAUGUGGAAAUGAGCUCCGUGCUAGACAGCAUUAUCGGCAAUUGCAGGGAGAGCUUCAUAUUGGUUAAAGGUAUCUCCGAUUACAAGGACGGCAUGUCGACGAGAAAAUGGCAGAAUUUCUCCUCUCUCGCGGCUGCGUCUGUGGUCAAAUCGAUUAUUUGUGGCAUGGAUGCGCCAACAAAUGUUUAAUUAGCAAGCAAAAUGAAAUUAUUCUAAUAUAUUAUAUAAAAUUUAUUAAUAUAGCGCAAAGUAAAUUAUUUGAUAGAGCUACGUAUACAGUUGUCUAACGGUUAAUUGUAUAAAAUAUUAAGCAAAUGAAAGUGAAAGCAUUUAGAUUUCUUUAUACUGACUUGAUAAAUUCACAUAUUUAUAGUAUACAACAAUUUAACAGCAUUAAUACAUACAAAUAUACAAAGUUGCAUAAUUAUUAAUUCUUCUUAAUAAUUUUUACUAAAUUGGCAAAAGUAAAAAAAAAAAUAUUAUUAUCUGCACUUUUUUAUUUACUUUAUCUUUUUCUAAGUGAAAGUACAUUUUCAUAUAUUUUUACUGCAAUCUACAAGUAAUCAAAGUGUUUUAGUUGAUAAAGAGAGAAGAGAAAAUUGUGUCCUUGUUUUUUGUAAUAAUUUUGUUAUAUUUUAUUGUAUUGUUAAUUUUUGUAUUGCAAUAAAUGAUUACAUAUGGACCAUAAGGUAAUUAUAAAAUAA